AUGUCCUUCAAUAUGAACUCUGUGCCCGACUUUGAUGACCUCCCUCCGGUUGAAGGCAUGCCAAAGGGCUGUGCCUGGGGUGUUUUUGACCGUGAAGGGAAGAAGGAUCAGGUUGGAACGCUGAACUUCCCGACUCCAGAAGUUGUUCGGAAUGCAGCUCUCGAGGUCAAAGAUGGAGUCUCUAUAUCUCUCAAGCACGUCUCUCGAAAACACUCACUCUGGCCGCUCAAUGCCAUGAACAAGCUCAACAUCCCAGGACGACUCGCCGCCCAGCACAAGAUCCUCUACAUACCCGAGAGUAUGGCCGCGCUUCCUUUCGAACAGGGCAAGUCAUGGGAUGAUGAAUUAUCAUUCAACACGCAGUGUAGCAGCCAAUGGGAUAGUCUGUGCCAUUUCCAGCACCAAAAUUCAGGUCUAGCAUACAAUGGCUCGAAUCCCGAUAAAGAAGCCUUGUCAAUCGACUCAACCGAGUCUAACAAAAUGCCAACCCUGGACCAUUGGCACUCCCGAGGCUGCAUCGCUGGUCGUGGUGUUCUAAUUGACUACGCUUCUUACGCUGAAGAAAAGGGCAUUGAGUUCCAUGCCUUUGAUGGGAAUCGCAUCACGGUUGAAGAUCUUGAGGCUUGUGCUGCCCACCAGAACGUUGAGUUCCAACCCGGCGACAUUCUCAUCGUCAGAACAGGCGCAACCGAAGUAGUCGAUAACAUGAACCCAGCUGAUCUGGGUAAGAUGGCCGCUGCCAAACUAACAGGUCUUCACGGCUGUGAAGAAACAGCUCGAUGGCUGUGGAACAAGCGCUUUGCAGCUGCAGCGUCAGACUCGAAUAGUUUUGAAGCGUUUCCCCCACUGAAACCUGAUGGUUCUAUCGGUGGAAUGAAAGAUCUCGGUGAGUUGUUCUUGUUUGGGAGAUUGUGA